CAAACCACGCAGAUUUGUGUGCGGGCAUGGACGUGCUGCAGACCGGUGUAUUGCAGCUAAUACGAUCUGAGAAGUUGUUCGGAUUCCGGCGUUUAUUCUCAAAUAUGGUAAAAACAAUGUUAAUGAGCAGUGCUGGCGACUGUAGGCGACCUAACGCACCCUGAAAGACGCUACUCGUCGUUUCUUACUGCGUGGCCAAGGUGUGAUGGCAGUGGGCCCACUAGUGUCUGAGGUGUGCUUCACGUUUGUGCUGGCAGCCGUGCUGUUGCACCGGUAUGGCAACUUCAGUCAGCACCCGCUGCUUGUCACAGUCAGCGUGUUCGUGGCCUGGUACUUCUCCUUCACCAUCAUCUUCAUUCUGCCCCUGGAUGUGUCCACGACGGCCUACCGACAAUGCCUGUAUGAUUUCCUUGAUCCCGAUCCAGUGACCAACAGCUCAGUGGCCAGCAACAGCAGCCCUCCUCUCCAUGCAGUGUGUGUACGUCCCUGGAGUUUUGUCCCAGAAGGGGUCCUGCAGAGCCUCUGGCGUGUUGUCUACUGGACGUCCCAAGCCUUGACCUGGUUGAUUCUGCCACUCAUGCAGUCCUACUCCACGGCUGGGGAGUUCACCAUCGCUGGCAAGCUGCGACGUGCCCUGAUUGAGAAUGCCAUCUACUAUGGCAGCUAUCUACUCAUCUUUGGUGUGCUGCUCGUCUACCUUGCCCUGCAGCCAGGCAUGAACCUGGACGCGGCCAAGCUGAAGGUGGUGUGCGUGAGCGCGAGCAACACGUGGGGCCUCUUCCUGCUGGUGCUGCUGCUGGGCCACGGCCUGGUGGAGGUGCCACGGAGCCUGUGGCACCGGGCACAGCCAGGACACGCCCUCUGCCGCACCUACUUCCGGGCUGCAAAACUCAGCCUGGAAGGAGCCGAGGCACAGGAGCGCCUGGAUGAUUUGCUACAGCAAAUCCAGCAAGUUUCAAGCGGCUUAAACUCGACCCAUCUGCAGCACCACAUGGACGUCAUCCUGGCUAAGCUACCUGAGGGCAGCAAGGUUGGCGGCCACCGGCAGCGGAUUAACUCCGAGAUGGACGUCCUCUCGGGCUCGGCUGUCACUGAGCGCAGCCUCGUUCGACUACAUCAGCAGGUGAUCCGAGCCCUGCAGCACCACAACCGCACCAACUGUCAGUGGCGCCUGCUGGUGGAGCAGGCAGUGCACCUGGAAGAGGUGGCACGCAAUGCAGAGACGGGAGAGCGCCGCCUGCGCUCGCCAACCCUGCUGGCCUCCUGGUGUGGACCCACUGUUGAGUGGUACUGGCUGUGCCGGGUGCGUGGACACUGCCUGCGAGCCCUGUCUCUCCUGCUGGGCCUGUGGAGUGCGGCCGUGGUGUGGAGCGAGAUGACCUUCUUCAUCCGCUCACCCAUGGUGUCCCUCUUCGGGCUGUUCCACCGGGCAGCUGAAAGGCGGCACGACUACCUCGCCAUUGAGGUCAUGAGCAUCGUGACCCUAGGCUACCUGUGCGUGUGCGCCUACUACACGGUGUUUCGGGUGCGAGUGCUCAACUACUACUACCUGGCUCCUCACCACUUGACCGACGCUUACAGCCUGGUUUUUGCCGGAAUGCUGCUGUGCCGACUGACGCCACCGCUGUGCCUCAACUUCCUCGGUCUUCUGCACCUGGACACCCACGUGUCCUCCGAGGCACACCGCAUCGAGACCGCUUACACCGAGAUUAUGGGUCACCUGGACCUCAUCCCGAUAGUGGCACGGGGCUUCAACCUGUACUUUCCGACGCUUAUCUGCGUGCUCUGCCUGGCAACCUGGUGGCACCUGGGCAGCCGACUGCUCCACUGCCUUGGCUUUGAGCAGUUCCUCACGGACGAUGAGCUCACAGGCGACCUGGUCAACGAGGGAAGGGACCUCAUCAAGCGAGAGCGUGGACGACGCCAAAGGGCUGCAGACCAGCGGCGGAGGCCUCCCAGGCAGCCACCAACAGAUGAGCUGGGUGCCCUGACCCGUUCUGGCUCGGAUGAGAGUGCUCGCACCGAGUUGCUGCGUGGAGUCGAGCCCUUGGCCGGCUAUACAGUACCGCGGGGGACUGAACACGCCUACUCGUCACCACCCAGGGGCCUCUUCGACGACGUCUGAGGGUUCUUCAUGAGGUCAAAGGCUCUCCCCUCUAAUCAUUUCCUCAACCUAAAAGAUAGUGACUUGUCAAGUUUUCAAGCAGCUAAAAUGCUGAGUUUUCUGAGCCUGAUUUCAUUCGUGUUAGCAUUCAGAGAGCGGAGCUAGUCAGUACGUAUUCAUUCGCAAGGACAGAGCAUGCACACAUCAGACAAGUUGGCGUCUGUAGUGUCUUGAAUUCUCUUUUGUGUCUGGCUUUGCACACACAGCCUUUAAAGGGCCAGUAAACAACCCAGAAGUCCAAAAAUUGUUAUGAAGAGAAAUAUGCACACUUUUGCUAUGUCACCAUGCUGCGGCAAAACUUUUGUGAAUGUGUUGUAUAAUAAGAAAGUUACAGGGGUUAGAACAUCCGUUUCAGCGGACUUCAAGUUUUUUCGAUCCCUUGCAACCUUUUUCUGCCAUAAGGAUGAGAAAGAUGAGCCCGUCGUUGUGAUUCUGCCCAUUUUGGGAACAUGACAUGGCAACAGCAAUACUUCAUAUACUUCAUCGGUGUGCAGCCUGCAACCGAGCAGGGCAUCCCCAGCGUGAGUGCGUGUCAUAGGGACAUGGGGAUAUUAAGAAGCAUCUAUUCUCGAGCGGUAAAGUAUGCGAGACGCCUCUUUAUUUGGCAGGCUUUCUUUCUGGCAAUACCGCUGCUUCCGGUAGUCGGGCUCUACGAAACGGCAGAGGGCAGUACAAGAAAAUGAAGGCACAGCCGAAACUCUGUCAAUUCUGGGCCAGGGUGCCGUUUGUAGUGCAAAGGAGCAAUCAACGAGCUCUGUGGUACAUAACGGUGAGCAUGGGAAAGCUUUUGCUACUGCGCGCAUACGAGGAGGAUUGGUCUGCAGAAGGAAACAGACACAGGGAAAGUUUUUCCAAACGGAGAGUCUGCGUGGUGCGGAGCGCUGUAAUACGUAUUCGGAAAAUGUGAUCGCCGCAGUCUACUUUACGAAUUGGCGAGCUUGUUUGCGGGGUGUAAGAAGUUAAGCCGGGGCCUGUUUACUGGCCCUUUAGAGGAUUCUGCAGCAUGACAGCAGAUUUUUGCUGGUGCAAGUAUGGUCAUUUUUUUCGCUUGCUCUAUUCAAGGAAAUGACUCGUUGGUUUGUAGUGAAGGCAAAUGCGAAAGCUCAUUCCAAGCUCGUUAUAUUUGAUAAAGCAGUGUCACCAGCCCCGAGAUGGUGUGUUCGAGCUGUUCAUUAUGCCUUCCUGUGCCAGCUUUUGAUUGCGCUGGUGUCUGGCAUUUGUUAGUGGCACAGGCAUUCAUUCACCCACUCAAAAAUAGGACGGUGUCCACCUUCUGUUGUACUGUUAAGCUGUUCUUUAGUAGCUUCAUCUUUUGCUUAUUGCUGUGCUUCGUGUUGAUUAGUAGUCGACAACAAAGCCCCAGCUGAGGUUAGCUGUACCUCUUCUGAAACCAAUGAUCAUGGGAAAAUACCGCACUGUACAGUGGAGAUGAAAAAUAAAAAAACCGCAGGAAGAGGAAGAUGUAAACUUGUAAUGAAAAAGUCUAAUGAAGGCUUGUGUGCAUGAACUGACGUUUCAACAACUGUGUUCUUCAAGGCUAGAACUGAAUAUCAUCUCCACUAGGUAUAACUGAGUUUUCAAGAUGUUUGCAGAUCAAGUUCUUUGAUUUGAACCGUUCUAGCAUCGAAGAAGACAAUUCCAGUUGUUGAAGUGUAGGCUCGAGCCUGUUCGCAGAUAUUUCUCAUACCAUGCAGUGAAAAGGUUUUCUUGCCAUGGACGGUGUUUUGAAGAACCUAUGGUGGAAUUUGUUUUUACUACUGAUUUACCUGUCACAGCAGUGGUUCAGGUCAGGUCUUUCACUUUGCCAUUUUAAUGAGAGUGCUCGUUUUGAGGCACCUCCAACAGGGCCACUUUGUAGCACCAGCAUUUGAAGAGGAUAGAAAAAGUAGGCCAAAUAACACAAGUAAUGCAUUGUGCAAUGGUGUCUUUGUGGUUAGUGUUGUCUGAAAGAAUGUAUGAACCAGUCGUGCGUGACUUCGGCUGUGAGCAGGAGGUGACAUUGAUUGUCUGUUAUUGAGGGUAGGCACAAUUUUGAGUCUCUAGACAUUGUUGUGUGGCAGCCUCACAUGCUACAAAGUGAUUCCGACAUGGCGGUUAGGGAAUGUCCACAUUAUUGUCCUCUGGACAGUCUGUUCUUGUCUCUUGUGAUUGACUUUUUUCUCUGCGUGCUGUCAAACUUGCAAUUUUUUUUAUUGUAUUGACUGCUCUGUUGUAAAACUACACACAGCUCUUUUAAAUGCUUGUAUAAUGAUUAGUGAGAUCAUCAUUGGUAAAGAUACUAUAUUUAUUUGAAUAUAAUGUGCUCUUCAAUCUAAAGCUCACCAAAUUUUUGUGGUUUUGAAAUAAAUAUGCAUUGGAAUGUUUUUUUAUAAUGAAGUUAAAGAAAGAAAACACUAUGUUGAUGAUUAAAAGGAAGAAUGGACAAGCACAAUUCAACUUCACGGAAUGGGAAAUUUCUAGUACAUUCAAAUACAGUUGAUCCCGGAUACAUUGAACUUGAAGGGAAUCGCGAGAUAGUUAAAUAUAUUGAUAAUUUGAAAUACAAAAUGUGCAAUUGUAAGGCCUAAAUUAAACCAUUUCAGGACUCGGAAAUCAUUACAAACACUAGCAUAAUGAUUCACUCACAGUAUAAUGAAAAACAAUAUGUGAACUGCAAGUUGACGCACUUUUUUCGCAUGGAAACAGUCCAUAAACUUGUCCUGCUUCUUGCACGCUGCCCCGCCCGGGUGGUCUAGUGGCUAAGGUACUCAGCUGCUGACCCGCAGGUUGCGGGAUCGUAUCCCGGCUGCAGUGGCUGCAUUUUCCAUGGAGGCGAAAAUACUGCAGGGCCGUGUGCUCAGAUUUGGGUGCACGUCAAAAAAUCCCAGGUGAUGAAAAUUUCUGUAGUCCACCACAACGGCGUUUCUCAUAGUCAUAUCGUGGUUUCGCGAGGUUAAACCCCACAUAUCACUCAAUCAAUUCUUGCACGCCAUUAAGAUCCAGUCAUCCUUAAUAUCAUUGAAGCUUUUCAAAUAAGUGAAUUCAGUUCCUUCGUCCUUAACAACGUUGAUUGACACAGAACACCAAUGCAAGCUUUGCAGUGCGGCAAAAUGUUGGUUAGCGACGGCAGCAAAGGGGUUGGCAAAUUCAUAACUGGGAGAUGAUUUAGACUUCGACCAGAAGUUUUGAAGAAACCCGACAUUUGGGAACUGACUUGGUUCCUUCCUUCCACAAGAGUGACUGCAGAGGCUACGUAGCUGCGGCAUCUUCAAAGCACUCACGGAGUGGCUAAUGACCCCCCCUCUCUCUCUCUCGUUUUGCCGAGGAGUGCAGUCCGUGUGAAUACACUGGGGGAAGGGUUCGGAGAGAGCGGUUGAUAUUAUGGGCUGUCCUCUGUAUGUGCCACAACUCGAGUAAGAACCUUCUCCUCCAGUACGGCUCGCUUUCAAGGAUUGCCAUCGCUUCGAAAUUUAUUUUGUGAUCCAACGUCUCAGCAUGUUCGGCGAGUGCGCUACGCUCUUUGUAGAACUUCCGCACAUCGUUGGCGUGUUGAUUCAGUCGUUCCGGUAGGUUUUUCGUCUCGCCGAUAUAUGACGAGGGGCACUCGGCGCACGGAAUUUUGUAAACGACACCGGGGCUGCUGUCUAUUAUUGGCUGGUCUUUCGGGUGGGGGAGUAGGCGGCCCAGCGUACAUGCAGGCACGUGCGCGAUGCGAACCCCUUCCUUCCUGAAGAUCCACGCCAACAUCUCGCUGGUUCUCUGAACAUAUAUGGAACCGGUACGCGUUUCGGGGGGCUGCCAAUUAAGGUUGAUUGCGAUUUUCGUAUCCUCUGUUGCUCUGCGCGGUGGGUGGUGACUUGAAGUUUUUUUUUUUUUGCGCAUCCGUUUUUUCUGAGGUCAGCAAUUAUGUGGGCCUCGUCUUUCUUUCGCUCGGUGUAAUUAGAGCAUAAGUUCCUAGCUCUCUCGAGUAGCGUGGUCACAACCGAGGCCUUGUGGCAGGCGGGGUGGGAAGAAUCGAAUCGAAGGUAGCGGCCAGUGUGUGUUGGCUUCCUAUAAACAGAGAACUCCAGGCCGUUGCGCUUUCUUGCCACCUUGACGUCAAGAAAGGGCAGGCAGUAAUAGCUUUCACACUCAGUCGUGAAUUGUAUGGCUGGGUGCGCAGAAUGUAGGUGUUGUCUGAAGUUUUCAACUUCAGCCGUCUUAAUGACGCAAAAGCGAUCGUCCAUAUAACACAGAAAAAGCUUGGGUCGCGAGGAGAAAGAGCUGAGUGCUUUCUCUUCUAUGUACUCCAUGGUCAGGUUUGCCAUCGAUGACAGAGAUAGAAGCUCCCAUAGCGGUUCCAGAACAGUGGUUCCCAAGACGUGAGCUAGUGGCAUGUCAUGCUUGAAGCUACGACUCAAAUGGCCACUCAUCACAUAUGGCUGCAAGCACACACACACAAAUGAGCUCCACUCAGAGAACUGCAGCACAGCCGCCUUUCACCUGUGAAGGACGUUUCUGUGAUUCCAUUAUGACUGUUCAUGCCAAAGAGACAGGGCGUGCAAACUUCUUUCUUGUGUCUGUCUUGUUAGAAUGAGCCAGCUAUCUGAGCCCUUCGUUAUUCGUAAAUGCUUUUUCUCAGCAAUGUCAGAGUCCAUGGAAAAAUCAGCCAGAACAUUUCCUAACUCAAACCAGCUGCACAGACGAGUCACUGUGAGAAUGUCAACUAUCUGAAGCGCUCCAGAAUCACUCGACGUCGCAGACUUGAGUAUGCCCUCUUGGAUGAGACACUUAUGUGAAUUCUCUGCAGGAGGGACAAUGGAAGCCGUGUGCAGAGCUGACAUUUUUUUGAGGUGGUGACCACAUGUAAUGUAAUGUGACAUCAGGAGGCAACAAAAUGCUUUCUUUUGGCAUUUAUCGUUAUUGUGUGAUAGUAAUGACAGCAUAGUAGACCUCCCUGACUGGAGGCUCUUGUCAGUGCAGCCGUUUCAACUCUUCAGGUAAUGUUGGACUCGUUUUAUUUGGGAAUAAGUGUUCAUUAUUUUCAAGUAAUACAGUAGUUGUCAUUGUUCUAUGUUGAUCUACAUCAUUUUCUAGUCAAGUAGUAAACAUAUGGGGAAAAGAGUAAUAGAUACUUCGUGAUAUCGCGUGUGUGAUGAUUGGCAUGGCAUGUAAUGGUGGCGAUUUCAUUGUCUUUCGGUUUGCAUGGCAUGCAUUGCAAAAGGUGAGUCGCUUUCAGAGGCGAUCAUUGAUGCAAUGCUUAGAGCUCACAGAGAUGCCAUCCCACAAGGGCCUCUCAUCUUUUGUUCCUUGGUUGGCUCUUCUGUGUGAGGCACUCACUUUGCAGGAGGCUGUCGCACAUGCACGAUGGCAUCUUCUAGUUGUAUUUCCAUUCAAGAGCACCUGAGCAACCUUUUUCUCAUCUUUCAGAACGGCCUACCACAAGUACUUCAAUGACGAGAUUUCUUUCUGAUGGCCUGCCACUGGUCUAAGUUGUGCCUCCAUCGCUGCUUAGCAAUCUUUUUUCUCACCAGUUUAUAAAACAGAGGGCACAUACAGGGGCCAACGUUUCGAGCGGCGCACUCGUCUUCUUUAUGGCUACAACUGAUUUCUUCAGCGCUUGUGUGCCCCCUCCUUCAAUCCAAACAAAGAAGGAGUGGACGAUUGCGGAAAUGGUUAUAGUUUGGGAGUGGCCAGCAUGCCAGAUUAGGACCUGCAUCAACAACAAUGAGUACAUUUUAAAACCUGGAAGCUCAACAUGAACGAGGACAGAAAGGAACAUGUAUCUUUCAAUUUUCAUUCCGGGCCUCAUCGAUAUUGCGCUUCGAAGUUAUAGGACUAUGGCCCAGCAAGGCAUGUUUUUAAGAUAUCUACAUUCAUCACUUAAGCAACCCAAAGGAAACAUCAGUUGCAAGAAAUCACUUGCACGACACACUAAACAAGGCCUACAAGUAAGCUUGCGAAUAGGGCAGGAAAUCAAGAAAAGCUAAAAGAGCCCCAUUGCAUAGCAUAACCGAGCAUAGCACAGCAUAUAUCGAGAAUAUGCGCACCCCGACAUAAGUAACGUGCUCCACAAUAAUUAUCCAGUAUAUCACCCAGCAACAAGCUCCUUAGGUCCAUAUUGUGAAAUGCUCCUUAUGUCGAUGCAUUUUCAACAGUUAACUUUGAAUUGGUUCUCCCGCUCGCCUCAGGUAGCAGUUGACUGCUGUCACCAAGGAAGUAGAAGAUGAGAACUUUCAUCUGCCAGCACCUUGAAGGAAUGAGUGCUCUGGCACUAUCUGGAUAAACGUGUAAUGCGUGUCACUUCCCCUUGUACAUUGUAUGAACGCAUGGUUGAUUUAAACGCACAUAGUUGAGAAACUUUACCUGCAUUGUUUGUGUUUCUGAGGGAAAGUGACGGGAUAGGGUGGUAAUUGGCUCUCACCUCCCUCCCUGUUUCUGCUUCCAGAAUCUCCCGGAUUCAUAUUCCUUGUACUUGGCAGGUAUGCAGCAGUAAAUGUGAAACCAAUAGUAAUGCCUCGUAAAUUUUGGUUGUGCAUUCUCUAGAGAUGCCAUCAAAACUGAGCCUCUGCUUGCAACUUUGGAGACAUGGCAUUGUGACACUAAUUUUGCACACACCACAGUCAUCAGUUGCCGACUAAUGCUGCUGCUGCACAUUGCUGUACUGCUGCGGUACGUGUGGGUGUUUCUAUCUCACAGUGCUUUAUCUUACUCUGUUGGCUCUGUUAGAUCAAUGAUGGUUGCAUUGUUUGCUAUUUGUCAAAAGUCUGUUGUUUCUUUCUAUGUUUUUGUACUUUUGCAGGUAUUUGUGCCAUACAAUAUUUCGUCACUAUCAUUGUACUGUUUCAAGCAGGAAUUAUCAACAUUAUUUGGUGAACUUUUCAAUGUUGUGAGCAAGGUACAUAACAGUAGUUCCGUGUAUAAGUGAACUGAUAUGCUGGCAUGCACUAUUGUUGAGGGCUAGCUGUUGCCUGCAAACCAUUUAAAAAGCUGUGUAGCUCAGUUGUUAUGUAGGUAGAAUUGUUUAUUACAUGCGGUUUUAAUUAUAUUAUCUUUUUAAGCUGGUGUCUCUCUUGAAGUGUGUCAGAUGCGGAUGAUUGUGGCAACAAGCUCUCUAGGAAAAUCUCCCAUGUUCACGAGGUGCUUGCAGUAAUGAGUGUAGUAGCACCAAUUGUGAAAUGAGUGUGCUCCACCGUAUUUAUUUGUGAUUUGAAUAUGUGUUACUUUGAUGAUUAAAUGUGGUUAAGUGUAAGGCUUGUCUUUUGUGCUAGCUGUUGCCUGCAAACCAUUUAAAAAGCUGUGUAGCUCAGUUGUUAUGUAGGUAGAAUUGUUUAUUACAUGCGGUUUUAAUUAUAUUAUCUUUUUAAGCUGGUGUCUCUCUUGAAGUGUGUCAGAUGCGGAUGAUUGUGGCAACAAGCUCUCUAGGAAAAUCUCCCAUGUUCACGAGGUGCUUGCAGUAAUGAGUGUAGUAGCACCAAUUGUGAAAUGAGUGUGCUCCACCGUAUUUAUUUGUGAUUUGAAUAUGUGUUACUUUGAUGAUUAAAUGUGGUUAAGUGUAA